AUGAACAUCUUAUCUUAUAUCAUUAUUGUUCAGUUAGGUACAUAUAUUCAUGGACAAUUCAUACGUCCUCCACCUAACUUAGAUGAAUACGAUGCAUACGGAUCACUUUUGGCUAUGAAUGAAUAUUUAGUUGUCUUAGCUCAAAAUGAUCAAGAGCAGUUUACGAUUGUUACCUAUCCAUUUACGAAUCAAUCGAACAAAUGUGUUUUACCUUACGACUCAGCGCAAGGAAGCAUUUCUUCGUUGACCCGCUUUGUUUAUAAUGUUGCCAUGGGAACGAAACAAAAUGCAAGUCAAUUAAUAUUUUCUUACAUUAACGAAAACUGGCAUCGAGAUGUAUUUUUAACUGUUGUCUUUCUCGAAUUUACGAGCAAUGGUUGUGUUCAAAUGAUCAAUCGAACUGCAAUCAACAUGACAGAUCUCAACAUGCAGGAACAUGCUAUUGUCGGCAUGGAUCCAUAUGGGGAACGAGCAUAUGCGAUAGGUACAUAUUAUAUUCAGUGUAUCGAAAUUAGUAGCGGCAAUCGAUGGACGAUAAAUACUGAAGAAUUGUUCUUUCCGAAAUCAUCCGUGAUGACUGAGGAUCAUCAGAUCUUCGUCGUUGGUCAGAGAUAUGUAAAUCUGAAAUUUCUUCCUUAUCUUUACGUGCUGAAUGUAACUUCACUUGCAAACGUGACGAUAUCGUCUACUAUUGAAUUAUCCAGUUUUAAUUUUGGAUCUUCUGCAAUCGAUUUUACUCGAGAUUCAACCAUGUCUAUCGCUCUUGUCGAUGAAGUUCGAUGGUUUGUUAUCGGCAUUCCUCGUUUGGAUAUGUUUCUAGUAUUGUCACGAGAACUCUCAAUUCUUCAAAAACAUAUUUCAUCACAACGCGGGAUCGAUUUUGGUAAAUCUGUUGCAAUACUCGACAACAAUACAUUUGCUGUUCUUGCUUAUAAACUUCAAACUCCACCCUGGUCGACAUCACAAGUACAAAUCUAUUCUCUCGAUUCUGAAGAAUCAGACACCCAACCAAUAAUCAUAUAUCCGAACAAUCAACAGGUUCUACCCACUGUGAAUUCUAUACCGCCUCCACACAGUAUUUUGACGCUGGUUUCUUGGAAAUUUCAUCUAGGAUUGGUAGUUGACGUUGGCGCUGCUCUUCUUAUCUUUGCUAGUUCACCUGGAUAUUACUCAGGUCAAAUUAAUGAUAAAAUCUCCGAUAUGGACAUCUAUAUAUCUGUACCAUGUCUUCCGGGCACUGCUAGAAACACAACUAGUUUCGGUCCUUGUUUUCUAUGUCCAGCAGGUACGAAAAAUUCCGGCGCAUCGGGAGUGGAGAAAUUCCAUUCAUUAAUAUUACAAGUUAUAAUGAAUGGAAUUUCUCCUGAGGAACCUCGUAAACAUAAAAGACUAUCAUUUGCAAUACAAGGUUCACACACCACUCCCGAUGCGCCGGAAUUUUUCCAGUGCCCGGAAGACANGGUGCAUCUCAUUGGUACCGGUUUUCCUUGUGAAAGUGUGACAACGCGACAAAAUUUAGACCGAGGAAAGAAAAUUCGAUUGAAUAAUCUUGUUUGUUCGUAUGACAGAAACUUAAGUAUUCUCAGUCUAUCAACGAUAUUACCAGAACAUUUAAUUACAUUGCAAUUCGAUCUAAUUGGACCGUAUUUCGUGGGCGCAAUUCGUCUUUGUUUUUCAGCUCCGUCGGAUACUCGAGAUGAGGAAAAAUAUACGUUACAACAACUGGAGUUUUGUCAACUCUUUUAUGUGAAUAACCAAACGUUGACGAUGAAUCCAAUAUUUGCUGUUAAAAUGACGAAAAUUGUUAACGAAACAGCUGGUUUCACGGUUGCUGACGACAAUACUUUCAGUGGAAGAUGGAUUCCAUCAUUAACAAUCGAUACACUUACUGACACACUUCUGUUCGAUGAAAAUGGUGAAUACAUUCGAUAUUUAUUCGAUCGUUUUACUCUUCUCAUCGAAAUCACUGAAUCGGAAUUUUUUGUUAAAAAUAUACAAGAACCAAUUGCUCGACACACAGAAAUCGUCUUACACACAAUUCUGUUUUCAAUCGUGUUUCUGGAUUUGUUUGGUUUGAUGUUUUUAAUUGUUAAAUUGGCGAUCGUUCCAUCGGUUGAAUAUAUUCAACGGCGAUUUUUUCCAAAGCGAAAACAGUCGCUGAAAGACAAGGAAACCGACCCGGAAAGAACGCAGUCUUCUACUGAUGGAACUAUUACACAAUGUCGGAACGAUAUUUCAAUAGAGACACAUAUGUAA